UGCUCCGACCAUGCUGGGACUGAUAACGCUAAACUCCAAACGUUCCCGUUACGUUAACACUUUAUUGCUCGCGUUGAAUCAGACUGGUGGACUCCGGAGUCUCUCCCACAGCUCCCAGUCCGACCAGCACAUCCGGAGUUUCAUACGAGAGAACACGGAGACAUGUGGAGAGCAGAGUCUGACGCCGGAGAUCCGACUGAGGCUCUUCACCCCGAGCUGCCGGUUCUGGAGGGAGAGACCCGAGCUGUGGCCCUUCCAGGAUCCGUACUGGGCCAUCUACUGGCCCGGGGGUCAGGCAGUCACCCGGUAUCUCUUGGACAACCCUGGACUGUGUCUGGGUAAGAAGGUCCUUGAUGUGGGGAGCGGCUGUGGAGCCUCUUCCAUCGCCGCAAAACUCUGUGGUGCUGCUCAUGUAGUUGCUAAUGACAUUGACCCCGUUGCAGCCGUUGCGUUCCACAUGAACUGCGAGCUGAACGGCUUGGACCCGCCCAUUUGCGCGACAGACAACAUGAUUGGUUCGGAACCAGAGGGCUUUGACCUGAUCCUCCUGGGUGACAUGUUCUACGACGAGGCCCUGGCCACCAGCCUUCACCGCUGGUUGAACCGGUGCAUCAAAACCCACGGCACCCAGGUCCUGAUCGGAGAUCCCGGCAGAGCCCAGUUUGAGGAACACAGCAUCCGUGGGCUCCUGCGUCAACUGGCUCAGUUUGAGCUGCCGGAGUCUGUCAGAGAAGAAAACUACGGACUGACCUGCAGCAGUGUUUGGUGCUACACUCCUGAAGUCUGAGGAGAACAGAGGA